AUGGAAUCACUUAGAUAUUGUGUUGUUCGUCUGUCAGACUCCAACAAAUUCAUCACUAUCAGUAGUACGUGGUUACGGGAAGGAGAUUCAUAUGCACAAAUUCCUAACCUUCCAUGUUGCAAAUACUAUCCGGCUGUGGAGACCCAUAUGGCCCCCUCCUGUGAUGACACACUGGCUCCUGUAUCCGUCGUCGUGCGCACAACUAACUUCAAGCACGCACGCGAAACAGAGGACAUUUGUAACUUUCUGCAGAGUAGAUGCUUUCGACCGCCGAUCAACGAAC